CUGUCAGACACCACCGGGAGCACUGUGCUGGAACUGAUCGCUCUGUGGAACCGGAGCCGGGCGUGAUGGAGAAGCUGCAGGGGUUCGAGUUUUGGCGGAGGACUCUGCGGGGCGCGCGCUUCGUCGUGGCGCCCAUGGUGGAUCAGAGCGAGCUGGCGUGGAGGCUGCUGAGCCGCAGACACGGAGCCGAGCUCUGUUACACGCCCAUGCUGCACGCCCAGGUCUUCAUCCGCGACGCCAGCUACCGCCGGGAGAACCUGUUCAACGAGAUCUGUCCUGAGGACCGACCUCUGAUCACACAGUUCUGUGCUAACGACCCGGAGGCGUUCGUGCAGGCGGCUCUGUUGGCUCAGGAUCACUGCGACGCCAUCGACCUCAACAUCGGCUGCCCUCAGAUGAUCGCCAAACGAGGUCACUACGGGGUGUUCCUGCAGGACGAGUGGGAUCUGCUGGAGAGGAUGGUUAAACUCGCCAACGAGAAGCUGAAGGUUCCGGUGACCUGUAAGAUCCGAGUGUUCCCAGAGGUCGAGAAAACCGUCAAGUACGCCAAGAUGCUGGAGAGGGCGGGUUGCCAGCUGCUCACCGUUCACGGCAGAACCAAAGAUCAGAAGGGAGCUCAGACCGGCGUGGCCAGCUGGGAGCACAUCAAAGCCGUACGAGAAGCCGUGAACAUCCCGGUGUUCGCUAACGGAAACAUUCAGCACCUGAGCGACGUGCAGCGCUGCAUGGAGGAGACGGGCGUACACGGGGUCAUGAGCGCAGAGGGGAACCUGCACAACCCGGCGCUGUUCGAGGGUCGUAACCCCCCCGUGUGGGAGGUGGCGGAGGAGUACCUGGAGGUGGUGAAGGAGCACACGCCCUGUACGCUGUCCCACGUCCGAGCUCAUCUCUUCAAACUCUGGCACCACACGCUGCAGAUCCACCAGGACCUGAGGGAAGAUCUGGCCAAAGCCAAGAACCUGUCGGCGAUAGAGGAGGUGAACCGCCAGCUCAAACGCCGCUGCCAGGAGGAGAUGAGCAAAGACGAAUCGGAACGACUGCAGACCGGACUGCCCUUCCCUCACUGGAUCUGUCAGCCGUACGUCAGACCAGCGCCGAAGGAUCCGGGCAGCGAGAACGGCGUGAGGGUGGCGAGCGUGAAGAGGGCGCUGGAGGACAGCGACAGCUCCAGCGACUCGCUCUCCAAAAACAAGCAGAAGAAGAAGAUGAGGAACCCGCAGAAGAACUUCUGUCCCGAACUGAAACCGAAAUACAUCAGAUGUGAGCAGUGUGGGAAUCCCAAAGGGAACAAGUGCGUGUUUAACUUGUGUCGUGGCUGCUGUAAGAAAAAGGCCUAUAAAGAAGUCGCCGACUGUCCCAGUCACGGCUUGAGGUUUAAGACGAAGGCGCUGAAACAGAAGCUGGCGGUGCAGACAGAGUCGCCCACCGAGUCCUGAACCCCAGCACCACCCACCAACACGACCCCCCCACAGACACACACACACAAUCUCGUAUGCAAACUGACCAAAAGCUGCUCGGGGAGUAAAAACCUUCAUUUUCUCUCAUAAGUAAUUGGACGUGAAUUAAUCGCUGAUCAUUUCUCGCAUCUCCAGCUUCCAGUCCUUCAGUCCCAGUUCUCUCCCACCACCUCACUUCGUUCCCAGUUACCAGAGCCACUCCUCGCUUUUUUACCCACCAAAUUCUUCGGAUCUGUUUAAGCAUCGUCGGGCAGAUGAGCACCUUCAGAGGAAGCACUGAACCCCCGUCCUUAAGGGCUGCUCACGGUGGGAAUAGAAAAUUGGUGUUGUUCAGCACGGUGGGCGUGGUCAGGCCGAGAUCAAAGCUGGAAUUGGUAUGUUAUUCGAUUGUGCUGCGUAAACGUCAUUUAGAAAUUAAUUCUAUUUUUAUAAAUGUAAUCGAACGUCCCGGUCUGUACGGAAAUGUAAGAUUUAGCAGGUGCACUUACUCGCGGCGGUCUAGCAUGCUAGCACACCACCGCUGAGUUGGAACUUGUGAUUUUUAAUCUUAGCAGAGCCACCGACUUGGCCGGGCGUCUCCGGGACUGCUCACUCAGAGCUUUAGUGCCUUACUCCGUACCCGAUACGGCUCUCAGUAGUAACCCAACACUGAGUUGAUAAGAAGCGGAGGCAGAUUGGACGGCGUGUGGUGAUCUGGCUCUCUUCCAUCUGAUCAGUGUUGUGCAGGUGGCAGCGGGUUUACAGUUGGGAAGUGGUUAUAACUAGAGUAUGAGUUGCCAUUGCUAAAUUUAGUAUCACCACAAAACCCAUCAAACCUAACGCUCCUUAUCUUUAAAAAUUAGCAUGACCAUCAUCUUGGUUAGUGAUGCUUUCUAUCCCUGGCCAUGGAUGGCUACGGCAUCACCUGGAAUCGAACUCUAACGCCUGUGUGGGUGCCUGGCCAGGUCGUUAGCACUGCAUGCGAUUCAAUCCCGAGAGCCGGAGAUCCCAGCGGUGGUGGGCUUGCGCUAGCCCCCCGUGCCAGGUGGAAAUCUUUAAAGCCUUACCUUUUCAGCACAGUGUAGCUAUCGACCCGGCCUGGCCCCGCCCUGAAAAACGUACCGGUGAUUAGUAAGCGUACCCACGUGCCCACUGUUCUCCUACAUCCAUACAGAAGAACACCACUUCAUCGACGUAGCACGAACGCUGGAACACGUCAGGAUGCACCACGUCUCGCUCACAGAUCAGCAACUGCGCCACUCGUACUCAACGUACAUUUUUAACUCAGUGUGGAGCGUUGGCUGGGUGUACAGGAAGUGACGUAUAUCCGUCUGCUGUUUUUACUACAAAUCUGUCUUAUUACACUGAAGGUUUUUACAGAGAAUAAAGAUUUUAAUUCUAUUAGAA